GGCCUUUUUUAAUGUCUAUAUAAUUAUAAGUUUGCUCGGACAAGACAGUAAGUUUUGUUCUUAGUAGAGAACCUUUCUGGUUUCGAAAGGCAAUAAUUUUUUUUCCCAACUUUUAUACCUCUUAAGACUUGUUUUCUGUCAUUUUAUCUCACGGUCAAGGCCAAAGAUAUCAAAAGUUUUGUGGAAGUAUUACUACAGGAGAUAAUAGGAGGAUUUAGCUUUUGAAUUCAUUCAAAACAAGUUUGAAAGUGUUAAUUUCCUGUCAGCUGAAAAAGGAUCCUAAGAUAGAAAUGGAAAGCGGGUUUUAUUCAGCUUCUUUGUUUGGGCUGGAGAACCUAGAAGAGGAUGGAGAGCUGAAAGCAGCAUCGUCGUUGCCAUCUAUCCCUCAGCCACAAACACCAAAGGAGCCUAUGGAGUUUUUGUCUAGAUCGUGGAGUCUAUCUGCAUCAGAAAUUUCAAAAGCUCUUGCUCAGAAACAGAAACAGUUUGAGUUUGAUAGUAAUCCAAGUUCAUUUCCAGACACCUUUGUUGCACCACAUAUUGCAGGGAAAGUCAUAAAUUCAAUUAAUGCUCGAAGAACUGGAUCAAUAGGGAAAUGGUUCCAUCACCACAGGGACUCAGGUACUAACACAGUGAAAAAGAAAGAUAAGAUGCGUGCAGAAAAUGCUCGGCUGCACUCUGCAGUUUCGGUUGCUGGACUAGCUGCAGGCUUGGCAGCAGUAGCCGCAGCUGGAAACUCCAAUGGCACAGGCUCACAAAUGAGCAUGGCAUUGGCAUCCGCUACUGAACUUUUGGCAUCACAUUGCAUUGAAUUAGCUGAACUAGCCGGGGCAGAUCAUCACCGUGUUGCUUCUGUUGUCAAAUCAGUAGUUGAUAUUCACAGUGCUGGUGAUCUGAUGACUCUCACAGCAGCAGCUGCAACAGCUUUAAGAGGAGAAGCAGCUUUGAAAGCAAGAUUGCCAAAAGAAGCGAAGAAAAAUGCAGCUAUAAGUCCUUACGAGAGGAGCAUGGCAGAAGCUCAUUGGUCUGCUGCUUUUCAUACUCAAAUAAAGGAGCAGAAUCCUCCUUGUGAGGGCGAACUGCUGCAACACACACGGAAAGGUGUAUUGCGAUGGAAAGGCGUCUCUGUCUACAUCAGCAAGAAAUCUCAGGUCAUGAUUAAGCUUAAAAGUAAACACGUUGGGGGGGCAUUCUCCAAGAAGAAUAAAUGUAUUGUUUACGGGGUUUGCGACGAGACUUCUGCAUGGCCAUACAGAAAAGAAAGGGAAACCUCUGAAGAACUCUAUUUCGGCCUCAAGACUGGACAAGGUCUUCUGGAGUUCAAGUGUAAAAGCAAGAUUCAUAAGCAGAGAUGGGUCGAUGGGAUUCAAAACCUUCUCCGUCAAGUCAGCUAUGCUGAAGCAGCAGAGCUUUCUCUCGAAUCUUUGAGUAUCGGUGACAGUAUAUAGGAUAGAGUAUGGUUGUUGUGCAUACAUACUGAUUUUGGUUUGUGACAUAUAGAAUAGAAAUCGUCUUCAAUAUGUGAGCUAUGCAACAAGUUCUUCCAAUGUAUGCUACCAAAGAGAUGAGGUUGCAGAGGAAGGGGUCCCGAUCUGAAGGGAGAAUAAAUGAGUUUUUAUACAGACUU